GUCUAAUCCUCUACAACCCUUCACCAACACUGGCAGUGUAAUCGGCAAGUCUCAACACAUUCACUGGUCAGAGAAUCUCAGUAACCCAGCAACACUUGUUUCCUUAGCGAAUCGACUAGGACUUCUUUUAUUUCACCGUGCUCCUCUAAUCACUACUCCCUUCAUCUCAUCAGACUACCUUGAUAUCCUAAACACUUCAACAUCCAUAGUCUGUACAGCUGCAGUGUUACUACACUGCUCUCUCUUACCAUUCACGACCGAAAGCUCGAUAUCUCGAAUCCCAGCUCACCUCUCAAAAUCAUCCACCUCUCACAAGAUCCACGUACCUAUCUACCAAAGAACCAACCAGCCAGCCAGCCAACAAUGGACCAAGCACCUCCAACUCCACCCACACCCGCCUCACAGGAGAGCACCAUGCCCGAAUUCACCCCCAUCAACGGCAAUACUACUAAAACUUCGGUCCCCUCCCCCUCAGCCGCAGCAACAAGUACCUCCACCAAGCGCGGCAAGAAAUUCGCCGCUGCCAACGGUGAGAAAGCCUCACCUCCCAAGAAGGCCAAGGCAGCAGCGGGAUCCAGCCCCUCAAAGAAAACUAUCGGACCCAUCCCGACCUCUUUCGAGGCGGCCGGAUUAUCUGAUCGAAUGAUUAUCCAGAUGCGGGAUGAAGAGGGCAAAAACUGGGGUGAGAUUAACGAGUCUUGGAUGAAGAUGACUGGUAUCAAGGUGGGGACUAGUACGCUUCGAAUGAGGUAUACGACUAUGAAGGCGAAUUUUGUGGAGUUUACUGGGGAAGAUGUAUGUUCUUCUUCUUUUUUUCGUUACUUUUCCUGGACUUGGUGAUGAUAUAUGCUGACGGUAAUUGUGCGUAGGAAGCGAGACUUCUUCGUUUAAAGAAGGAGAUUGAGGAGAAGUUUGAGCAGGAGAAGUGGUCUAGACUUAUGGAGGCUAUUGAGGCAGAUGGUGGGAAGAAGUACCCUGUUGCUGCUUUGCAGAAGAAGUUCAAGGAUUUGGCUAAGAGCAAUAACCAUCUUGAUGCUGUCAAAGAGGAGGAAUGAGAGGCUCUGAGGUUUGUUGGGUUUCCAUGGGAGGUGGGGAGCAAGUCUGAGGUAGGAAAUGGCAUGGCAAGUAGGUACUUGGGCUAGAUACAAUUGAAGAUGACACAGCUGGGUAGCUAUGGCGAAUUUUCAGUAGAAUCCUG